CACAGCUCCGCACUUCCCUGUGGUGAUCAAGCUGGGACAUGCCCACGCCGGCAUGGGAAAGAUCAAAGUAGAAAACCAUCAUGACUACCAAGACAUCACCAGUGUGGUGGCCAUGGCCAAAACCUAUGCCACUACUGAGGCCUUUAUCGACUCCAAAUAUGACAUCCGCAUACAGAAGAUUGGAUCCAACUACAAGGCAUACAUGAGAACCUCCAUCUCUGGCAACUGGAAGGCCAAUACAGGCUCUGCCAUGCUGGAGCAGGUGGCCAUGACAGAAAGGUACAGGCUCUGGGUGGACAGCUGCUCAGAAAUGUUCGGCGGCCUAGACAUCUGUGCUGUCAAGGCCGUCCACAGCAAGGAUGGCAGAGAUUAUAUCAUCGAGGUCAUGGACAGCUCAAUGCCCCUGAUUGGAGAACAUGUGGAAGAGGACAAGCAGUUAAUAGCCGACCUUGUCGUCUCCAAAAUGAGCCAACUCCUGGUGCCAGGGGGCACGGUGCCCUCACCCCUGAGGCCUUGGGGUCCUCAGAUUAAACCUGCAAAAUCUCCAGGGCAAAGCCAGCUGGGACCUCAGCUAGGACAGCCGCAGCCAAGGCCACCCCCACAAGGGGGCCCUCGUCAGGGUCAGUCACCACAGCCUCCCAGAUCUCGAAGUCCAUCCCAACAGAGGCUCUCCCCACAAGGCCAGCAGCCUGUGAGUCCCCAGUCAGGAUCUCCACAGCAGCAAAGGUCACCAGGCUCUCCACAGCUAGCCCGGGCAUCUGGUAGCAGUUCUCCAAACCAGGCUUCCAAGCCAAGUGCCAGCUUCAGCUCACAUCCCCGGCCACCUGCGCAGGGCCGCAGCACCUCCCAGCAGGGCGAAGAGCCCUCAAAGCCAGCAUCACCUCACCCGCACCUCAACAAAUCUCAGUCCCUGACUAACAGCCUCAGCACGUCAGAUGCCUCCCAUCGUGGGACCCCAAGUGAAGAUGAGGCCAAGGCUGAGACCAUCCGCAACCUGAGGAAGUCCUUUGCCAGCCUCUUCUCUGACUAGCAGCAACCAACCCAGGCUGGAGGGCAGGAAGACUCAAAGGCCUGGAGCCUUUCUCUGGGUCUCUCCUUCUCAGCCUUGCUUCCUGGUGGAAACAUGCUUCCUACAUGCCUCUGACCUGGGGACUGGUGGUCUACAUGCAUUCUCAUCUCUUUGACCAUGACAAUUCCAAUGCUGUCUGACUCAUCAGUAGCCUUAGGAGCCCCUAGGUUCCUCAGCACAGGCCUUCCAGACAGACAAAGCAUCACUACACCCACCAUAUGCUUGCUCCCCCUGCUGCCAGUUCCAAGUGAGAUGUCUG